AUGGAGCGCCGCGCUUCGUCCCUUUUCGCCAUCGUGCUAGCGGCCGCGGUGGUUCUCCUCUGCGCCUCGGCGCGUGUGGAUGCUCUAUCGAUUGCCCGCAUUGGAGGCAAAUACACUGAAGUCAAAGGCGCCGCGAGCAACAAGGACAUCCGGUCACUGGCGCAGUGGGCCGUCAGCGAAAUAAACAAGCAAGAGGGAACACAGUACAGCUUCGUGUCGGUAGUGUCGGCUCAGACAGAGCUCGAGGUUCCCAGCAGCUAUCGCAUCAAGAUCAAGGCCACCGACCUCUCCGCCCUGGCCUCUAAGAAAGCCUACACGCUCGGAGGUGGCGGUGCCACCGAUGCGGGCGGCGCGUUCAAGAAAAUCAAGUCGAUGUUGCGAGGCGACAAGACGACGAUGCCGACGACCAAGACGAUGACGCCCAAAGGGAAUGGUCCUGUGAGCGCGCUGAUCACGCUGCUCGUGCAUGCGGUGGAUGGGACGGCUUUGGGCCAGCCGAACGAGCUGAAGAAUUUCACGAAGCUUUAG